AUGCAGCGUCAGCCUGUAGUCACUGCCACCUUCGACAGCAACGGAGACGACGAGUCGGUCUUUCCCAAGGUCCGGAAUAUCUGCUGCAUUGGUGCCGGUUACGUCGGUGGUCCCACCUGUGCCGUUCUGGCAUGGAAGUGCCCCGACAUCAAGGUGACCAUCUGCGAUCUGUCUCAGCCCAGGAUCGACGCCUGGAACUCGGACACGCUACCUAUCUUCGAGCCGGGACUUUCGGAAAUCGUCUUCGAGGCCCGCGGUCGCAACCUCUUCUUCACCACCGACGUCGACAAUGCCAUUGCCGAGGCCGAUCUGAUCUUCGUCUCUGUCAACACACCCACCAAGACCAGUGGUGUGGGUGCUGGUGUCGCUGCCGACCUUUGCUACGUCGAGGCCGCCACAAGAAGGAUCGCAGCACUGAGCAGGAAGGGAGCCAUCAUCGUAGAGAAGUCGACUGUGCCUUGCAGGACCGCCGAGAGCAUGCGACAGAUCCUAUCCGCCACCUCGCCACAAGAAGGAGCUGUCUUUGAGAUCCUCUCCAACCCAGAGUUUCUCGCAGAGGGCACUGCCGUCGAGGAUCUUCUGGACCCUGCACGUAUCCUGAUCGGUGCCCUUGACACACCACGUGGUCAAUUGGCACAGCGCAGGCUCGUCGAGGUAUACGCUAACUGGGUGGCACCCAAGAACAUCCUCACCACCUCGCUUUGGUCAUCGGAGCUUUCCAAGCUGGCUGCCAACGCUCUCCUGGCUCAGCGAGUCUCUUCCAUCAAUGCCAUUGCCGCCAUCUGUGAGGCCACUGGUUCCAACGUCUUCGAGGUGUCCAACGCCUGUGGUCUCGACCCUCGUAUCGGCUCGCAAUUCCUCAAGGCCGGUCUGGGCUUCGGUGGUUCGUGCUUCCAGAAGGACAUCUUCAACCUCAUCUACCUUUCCACUUCGCUGAACCUUCCCGAGGUGGCAGAGUACUGGGCUCAGGUGCUGAAGAUGAACGAGUGGACCAAGUCGCGCUUCACUCGUGGUGUUGUCAAGAAGAUGUUCUCCACCAUCACCAGGAAGACCAUCGUGUGUGCUGGUUACGCCUUCAAGAAGGACACUGGAGAUAUCCGUGAGGCCCCUGCCAUCAACGUCGCCCGAGACUUGAUGGAGGAUGGCGCCUGCCUCCGCAUCUACGACCCCAAGGUCACUGCCGAGUCGAUCCACGAGUCUCUCAAGGGCUUCACUUACAUCGACUGGGCUACCGCCUCUGCUGCUGGACCAUGGGACCUUCCCCAGGCUGGUACCUACACAAUCUGCCCUUCGCUAGACGCCGCUUUGGUCAACGCUUCUGCCCUCCUCUUCGUCACCGACUGGUCUGAGUUCAAGGGUCUGGACCUGGAGUGGUGGACUGCCACCCACGCCAAGAUGACCAAGCCAGCCAUGGUCUUCGAUGGUAGGGACAUCCUCAACACUGCCGAGUGUGCCCACUUGAGAAAGAUUGGCUUCGGUGUGGAGAAGACUGGAGUGGGCCAUGCCAUUUAG